AUGGCAUAUAGUGAGAUCCCUUUGAAAUGCAGCCCCCGAGCAUGGCUGGUCAUUUCCGGCGCCUCUACGUGUCUCUUCUGCACCGUUGGCUUUCUGAACUCCUUUGGGAUCUUCCAAGAGUACUACGCGACAAACCAGCUAGCGCAAAGCUCUCAGUCCACCAUUGCGUGGUUAGGAGCUACAUCUCUAUUGUUCCUUUUCUCCAUAUCCGUUAUUUCAGGUGCAAUGCUCGAUAUGUUUGGUCCCAAGCUCCUGUCGUAUCUGGGAUCGCUUGGAACAAUUUUCGCAGUUAUGAUGACCUCCCUCUGCAAAGAGCUCUACCAGUUCCUGCUUGCACAGGGAGUACUACUCGGAAUAUCCAUGUCAUUAGUGACCUGGCCAAUGCUGGCUCUCGUGGGACAGCACAUCCAGCGCAAGCGUGCCGUGGCCAUGGGAAUCGUGCUUGCUGGUUCAUCUCUUGGCGGAGUGAUCUGGCCCAUUAUCAUUGACAAAUUAUUGAAGAACCCCGACAUCGGUUUUCAGUGGACAAUGCGUAUUGUCGGUUUUAUUAUGACUCCGUGCUUUGCGUUUACUUGUUUCGCCGCUAAAUCACCAAAGGCGCUCGCUGCGCACGUCGAGAGUGGCGUUUCGAAUCGGAAAACAAUUAGUGACAAUGCCGCCCUCCAAAGCAAGAACGCAGCCAGAAAGGCCGAAGCCAUCGCCCUUUUCCGCAAACCUGCGUUGCGGCUGUUAUGCCUGGCAAUGUUUAUUACAUAUUUCGGCAUGUUUUCACCAUUUUUCUAUACGACUUCAUACGCUGCCGAAAAGGGGUUUCCGUCAAGCUUUGGCUUUUACACUGUUUCAAUUGUGAACGGUGCAUCUUUCUUCGGUCGCAUUCUUCCGGGGAUUAUCGCCGACAAGUAUGGCAAAUUCAAUUGCUGCAUUCUGUCCACCUUGUUGGCCGGAAUAAUUGCACUUUGCUGGACAAGGGUGGAAUCAGUCGCUGCGCUGGGGGUUUGGUCGGCAGCCUAUGGCUUCGCGUCUGGGGGUAUUCUGUCACUGCAACAAGCCUGUGCAGCUCAAGUGGCCACUACGUCUACGCUGGGUCUCGCUAUUGGCAGUGUAUCUGGUUCCACUGCAUUGUCUGCCAUGGCUAAUGUCCCAAUAAGUGGCGCAUUAGUCGAGAAUUACGGUUAUCUGUCACUAUCGCUAUUUUCUGGGGCGUCGCUGUUGCUUGGCACGAUUUUGCUGCUUGCUGCUCGGUUGGUGCAGAGCCGACAGCUUUGGGCGAUCGUUUAG